UUCGUUCUGACUGAGAAUCUUCUAACAUGUGCUCUCCGGUCAAUCCUUCGCGUGAAGACUGAAGUCCUCAAGAUGAGUGUUUAUGAGGAGGAGGAGUUUCCAGACUCCAGCUGUCUGUCCAUGAAGAGUGACCGGUCCAAAGGAGAUCCUCCAUGGUUCAGUAAAGAACCUGAACCCUCAGACACAAACAGACAGAGAGAAGAAUCUGCAGCCUCCAGCUGUCUGUCCAUGAAGAGUGACCGGUCCAGAGAAGAACCUCUAUGGUUCAGAAAAGAACCUGAACCCUCAGACACAAAAGUGAUGAAGAGGAGGAGAGUUUGUGUGGAGGAGCAGCCGUCCUGCUGUGCUCGGUGUCAGGACGUCCUGAAGGAUCCGGUCUCUAGCAGCUGUGGACACUGGUUCUGCAGACAGUGCAUCAGCUCAUACUGGGACCAGUCUGCUCCAUCAGGACACUCCUCCUGUCCCCAGUGUGGAAAAAGAUCCAGAACCAGAGGUGGACUGCAGACAGCCAGUCAGAGCAGCUGUGGACAAAGUGUUGGUCUGCAGGAGGUUCUGCAGGAACAUAAGAUGAGUCUGAGGAGGAGAUGUGAACAUGUGACUGAAGGAAGUGAUGAAACAGGAGGUGGAACCCUCCUGAACAGGAUCUACACUGAGCUCUACAUCACAGAGGGACACAGUGGAGAGGCUGAUGUCCAACAUGAGGUGAAACAGCUGGAGACAGAUUCCAAGAAGAGCCUCCAUGACAUUCCCAUCAGGUGCCAGGACAUCUUCAAAGCCUUACCUGAGCAGCAGAGAGCCAUCAGAGUGGUCCUGACCAACGGCGUGGCUGGCAUCGGAAAAACCUUCUCAGUGCGGAAGUUCACUCUGGACUGGGCAGAGGGCGGAGAAAACCAAGACGUCAGUGUGGUGGUGGUGCUUCCGUUCAGGGAGCUGAACUUGAUCAGAGAUGAGCAGCACAGUCUUCUCACGCUGCUCCAUGUUUUCCAUCCAACGUUACAGAAGGUGACGGCAGAGCAGCUGGCUGUCUGUAAACUUUUGUUCAUCUUUGACGGUCUGGAUGAAAGCAGACUUUCACUGGAUUUCUCCAACAGGGAGGUUGUGUCUGACGUCAGCCAGAAGUCGUCGCUGGACGUUCUGCUGGUGAACCUCAUGGAGGGGAAUCUGCUUCCCUCGGCUCUGGUCUGGAUCACUUCCCGCCCUGCGGCAGCCAAUCAGAUCCCUCCUAAACACGUGGACAGGUUAACAGAAGUACGAGGCUUCACCGACGGCCAGAAGGAGGAGUACUUCAGGAGGAGGUUCAGUGAUGAAGAGCGCUCCAGCACAAUCAUCUCCCACAUGAAGACAUCCAGGAACCUCCACAUCAUGUGUCGACUCCCAGUGUUCUGCUGGAUCACUGCUACAGUUCUGGAGCACAUGUUGAGCACAGUGCAGAGAGGAGAGCUGCCCAAGACCAUGACUGACAUGUUCUCACACUUCCUGCUGGUUCAGACACACAGGAAGAAGAACAAGUACCAUGAGGGACAUGAGACGAGUCCACAGGAGCUGACGAAAGCUGACAAGAAAAUUGUUCUGAAGCUGGGGAGGCUGGCCUUUGAACAUCUGGAGAAAGGAAACAUCAUGUUCUACCAAGAAGACCUGGAGCAGUGUGGUCUGGAUGUGACAGAGGCCUCGGUGUUGUCAGGAGUUUGUACCCAGAUCUUCAGAAGAGAGUGUGUGAUGUUCCAGAAACCAGUCUACUGCUUUGUUCAUCUGAGCGUUCAGGAGUUUCUGGCUGCAGUCUACAUGUUCCACUGUCACACCAACGGGAACACUGAGGUGCUGGAGAAGUUCCUGGGAGAAGAAUGGAAAGACAAGAAGAGACCCACUAUGAGUCGGCUCCUGGUAGAUGACCGGCAAUACUGGAACAUAGGCAAUCUGGGUGUUUUCCUGAACAGAGUCAUGGAGAAAUCCCUCAGAAGUAAAAAUGGUCACCUGGACCUGUUUGUUCGUUUCCUUCAUGGCCUCUGUCUGGAGUCCAACCAGAGACUCUUAGGAGGUCUGAUGGGUCAGACAAAGAUCCGUCCAGAAACGAUCCAGACAAUCAUCAAGAACCUGAAGGAGAUGAACAGUUAUGAAAUGUCUCCAGACAGAAGCAUCAACAUCUUCCACUGUCUGAUGGAGAUGAAGGAUCUCUCAGUCCAUCAGGAGAUCCAAGAGUUCCUGCAGUCAGAGAACAGAUCAGAGAAGGAACUCUCUGAGAUCCACUGCUCAGCUCUGGCCUCCAUGCUGCAGAUGUCAGAGGAGGUUCUGGAUGAGUUGGACCUGAAGAAGUACAGAACAUCAGUGGAGGGAAAACUGAGACUGAUUCCAGCUGUGAGGAACUGCAGAAAGGCUGGACUUUCUGACUGUGAACUCUCAGAGAGUCACUGUGAAGUUGUGGCCUCAGCUCUGAAGUCCAACCCCUCCCAUCUGGAACAUCUGGACCUGAGUGAGAACAACCUGAAGGAUUCAGGAGUGAAACAUCUUUGUGAAGGACUGCAGAGUCCAAACUGUAAACUGAAGACUCUCAGAUUGGAGUGGUGCAGGUUGUCAGAGAUCAGCUGUGAUUCUCUGAUCUCAGCUCUGAAGUCCAACCCCUCCCAUCUGGAACAUCUGGACCUGAGAUGGAGCAACCUGAAGGAUUCAUCAGUGAAACAUCUGAGUGGUUUUCUGGAGAGUCCAGACUGCAUCCUGAAGACUCUGAGAUUGGUGGACUGCAGUUUGUCAGAGAUCAGCUGUGAUUCUCUGGUCUCAGCUCUGAAGUCCAACCCCUCCCAUCUGGAACAUCUGGACCUGAGCUGGAACAAGGAGCUGAAGGAUUCAGGAGUGAAACAUCUGAGUGGUUUUCUGGAGAGUCCAGACUGCAUCCUGAAGACUCUGAAAUUGGAGUGGUGCAGGUUGUCAGAGAUCAGCUGUGAUUCUCUGGUCUCAGCUCUGAAGUCCAACCCCUCCCAUCUGGAACAUCUGGACCUGAGCAGAAACAACCUGAAGGAUUCAUCAGUGAAACAUCUGAGUGGUUUUCUGGAGAGUCCAGACUGCAUCCUGAAGACUCUGAGAUUGGAGCUCUGCAGUUUGUCAGAGAUCAGCUGUGAUUCUCUGAUCUCAGCUCUGAAGUCCAACCCCUCCCAUCUGGAACAUCUGGACCUGAGCUGGAACAAAGAGCUGAAGGAUUCAGGAGUGAAACAUCUGAGUGGUUUUCUGGAGAGUCCAGACUGCAUCCUGAAGACUCUGGAAUUGGUGGACUGCAGUUUGUCAGAGAUCAGCUGUGAUUCUCUGGUCUCAGCUCUGAAGUCCAACCCCUCCCAUCUGGAACAUCUGGACCUGAAUAUCAACGACCUGCGGGAUUCAGGAGUGAAACAUCUGAGUGGUUUUCUGGAGAGUCCAGACUGCAUCCUGAAGACUCUGGAAUUGGAGAAAUGCAGUUUGUCAGAGAUCAGCUGUGAUUCUCUGGUCUCAGCUCUGAAGUCCAACCCCUCCCAUCUGGAACAUCUGGACCUGAGAACAAACUUCCUGCAGGAUUCAUCAAUGAAACAUCUGUUAGAUCUUGUGGAGAGUCCAGACUGCAGCCUGAAGACUCUGAUAUGGAAGUAUUUCCGCUGAUCAGGACGGUGUUUGUGCUGAGAGGAUGAAGUGUGUCCUGAUGAUCCAGAGGUUGAAGCAGCAGCAGCAGCUGGUGUGUAGAGACUCUGACUGGACCAUGUUACUGGGAGGUGGACUGGGAACCAGUGUAAAGUGUGUUGUUGUCACUGUGUAGUUUAGUGUUGCAGCUCCACACUGAAUGAUGGAGAACUGCAGUUAAUGUUGACAUGAUCCGUUGGAGGUUGAUGUCAGGCUGCAGAGUGUGCAGUAAGUUUCAGGAUGUUUGUGUCAGUGCAGGAUUAUAUUUGCGUUGAUUUUCUAUUUCCAGCUGCAGUCAAAGUUGUUGAGCUUCUCUACCUGCAGCACAUUGAGCUGAUGAGAACAAAGUGUCCUGGAAACAUGUCAGCUGAAGCCUUGGUGCCCAGAGAGAGUUUGUUUUUCUGUGUUUUGAUCACAUCAUGUUGAGGUGACAAAGUGAAGAUGAAUCCAGUUUAGUCCUCAAAGGUCCAGCAGCAGCUCUGAUUGGACCAGAACCCGAGCGCUGAUCCAUCAUGGCAGCAGCAGCAGCUCGUCCACGUGGCUCAUUCUGCCUCAGUUCACCGAAUGCUCCACGUCUGAGCCUCUCCAGCUUCACUGAUGUGUUUUAAGGUGUGAAUAUUGAGCUGAUCUCCUGUAAAAUCUGGCUUCAAAGGUAACAUUAGUGUUCGAGUCAAAAAUUCUUAAAGAAGGAGAUCAUGAGGACUUUCUAUGUGGUUUUGUUCAUACCAGUCUGUGGAUGGAUGUCUGAAAUAAUAAUGAUAAAUAACGUAGCUUCAGUCCUGAAGUUUAAUCUUCUCAUUGAUGUGAACGUCUGGUCUUCAAUGGUUCAACCUGCUGUGGUAGAAGAAUACAAACCAGUUCUAUGAAGGUGGAAGUUUGGUCCAAACAUCUGUGUUUCUGUCUCUUCUGAUUCUCCACCAACCAUAAAACAUUUAUUUUCACCCUGAGAUGAUGAAUUAUUUUCCUCUGUUUGGCACCAAGAGAAGCUUUAAAAAUGUAGAGUUUGGUUCCAGUCAGAGGAACUUGAUGAGAAAAUCUAGUAAAAUGAGGUUUUCUGCAUUUCUGUCCAAUAUCAGGACGAUGACUGAGCAGGUUUGAUCAUGAAACCACUCCGAUAGUGUCCCAGCUGGAAGAGUUCCAUCAUAUUAUUGGUUAGAUUUACAUAAUUCAGCAUCAUGCAGCAAACAGAGGCUGGUUCAUGAACACAGACUCUGAUUCUGAGCUGAAAGUCCACAUUUUAUUCUCUCUGACUGAUAUCUGCCCACUUGGACUCUCAGUUCCAGGUUUUCAUCCAUUCAUCUGUUUCUGGGAGUUUGACAUCAUGAUGUUUUAGUUUUGUGGUUCUACUAGCAUCACCUCACUGUUGAUAAUAAUUCAGUCUGACCUUUUUAAAACAUCUGGAUGAAACAGAAUCCUGACUCAUCUUGUAGAGAACAAUAAGAGAAUUUAAGCCUUUAAAUAAAGUCUGUCUUUACUUCUGUUAGAGUUGAUCGUUGUCAGGACUUUAUUUCAUCUUGUUUUUUCCAGUAAAAUAUCCGAGGGAUGAACACCAUCAACAGUCCAUAAACUGUUCUUUUACAGCUCAGUUGAUUCUGUUUGUUUUUCUUUAUUCACAUAUUUAUCAUGUGUCAUUUAUUGUGUACUUAUUUGUUCAUCUCUCUCAUUCAUUCCAACCAGUUUAUUUACAGACGCUGCAGUUUUGUCAUGUGUGUAAAAUCUGAACUGUAACAGCGCCCUCUGGUGGUCACUGUUCAUAACUACAGAUUUCUAUUUUAUUUCUCAGUCUGUUGCAGUAAAAUGUCAUUUCUGCCUGGAUGAUGACUGUUAGUCAGGAUGAUAACAGGCCAGACUCUGAGCAGCUUUCUCUUAUUUAGUCCUGAUAUGUGAUGAUGUUGUGACCAGCAUCAAGAGAACUCCUCGGUUCAGGAGUCUGAGUUGUCUCCAUGAGAAAAGCAAAGCUGUUCUGUAUGAAGGACAGAUACUCUGAUAAGUUUGUGUUGAAUGUUUUUAUCUGGAUCAGAUCUCUGAACAUGAGCCUGGUCUCAGAGCUCUGCCCUUUCAGCUGAAAUAUUCACUCUGCAUUUCUCUUCUUUAUUAUUCAUCGUUGCUGUUUUUCUCCUUCAAUAAAUCAGAGACAAAUUCUGUUG